UUUUACGUCUGAGGCAGGAAAGAAAGAACGACUAUUUUAGCUUUAUUUUAGGUUUAAGUUAGUGUUUAUCUUUUGUCAUAUGAAGGAUAUGGGCAGAUGUGGAAAUAUUGCGUUUUGUGCGAUGGUGCUCUUCUACUGUUCUUUCAUUACAGGUGAUUAUCUCUGUGUGUCGUCUGCGGCUCACAUCUCACGUAGAAGAAACGGAGUGACUGAUGUCAACAUGACCUCGAGCUCCGGCGGCGAUCAGACACAGUCCUCUACUAACAUCACCAACAGCACGGAGCCUACGCCGCACUCAGACACAACAACAGAGACGUUGAUGAACUCAUCCGCCCUGGCAGAGAAUGUCAGUUUCUCUGGGAACAUCACAGACAGUCGAAAUGACUCGGAUGUGUCACCUGUGAAUAAUGAGACAGCAGUUACCACGGUAAAACCAACUACACUCCUGCCAUCAACGACCCAUGAGCCCACAAGCAGCAUCCACACCAGCACGCGAGCUCCAGCCGCGAGCAGCCCAGAAUCAACGAGCGCUCGCAGCAAACAGAAAUCCACUCCACCAGCAUCAUCACUCAGUACUGCCGCCGCCCCAGCGCUCACCACGCAGAUGACAGCGAUGAAAGCCCACGGCGACACCCCCUCAGCUCUGAACGUCGGAGACCACGACAAUAGCAAAGUGUCCACUGACCCGCUGCUUGCUGGACUGGUGUCAGCGUUCGUCGUCGUCGCUGCCAUCGUGUCGGUCCUCGUAUUCCUCAAAUUCAGACACACAAGUGACGGUCCAGAGUUUCGCAGACUUCAAGAUCUCCCCAUGGAUGAUAUGCUGGAGGACGCACCUCUCUCCAUGUACAGCUACUGAAAACCCAGAUGUUCCUCAGACAUCUUCAGAGCGCCCAACAUCCUCUGAUCAACACAACACACACAGACACAAUUAAAUGGCUGAUGUGCUUCAUAGAGGCACAAACACUUCUGUUCUGUUACAGGACUAAAUGUGGCGUAAUACUCCACUUUAGUUGUUAAAUUCACCGUGGCCGUCAGUUCCUGUUUGUUGGGAAGUUUUCUUGCACUUUACGUGGGGUUUGGAAGGGCGGUGUGCUGCGGGAAUAUUUGGGAGUAGAAUGUAGAAACAAUUUUGGAUGCCCUGAGGGUGAGUUUUUGGUGAAUUAUUCCUUGAAAGAAAUGUUCCAAGUUCAAUACAAGUUGUCGAUCACCACACAAAAUUUCAAUCUCUAUCUCAGUCAGCAACAAUCAUGUUUACAGUAAUGCACUUAUAGUGCAAGUCUGUGGGGUACCAGAAUAAACAAUAAAAAGCAUUUUCUACAGUACAGCCAACAUGACACUAAUGUGAUAAUAGUCUACUAAGCUUAUCUGUAGGAAGUUUUAUUCAGUUUUCCAACUCCUGUAAAGCUGCUAAACCCUGUAACUUAGAGACCUUCUAUAGUAAGUGCAUUACUGUAAACUGAUUUUUGCUUGUUUUUACAAACUGAGGGAUGAAAUUGAACCUUUUUUAAACCUGAAGCAUCCCGUCAAUACUGUAUGAACGAGGAACGAUUUCCAAGUGUUCAUUUCACUUCAUUCUGUUUAGUUCCCAAGGACACUUCCACCCGUGAGAAACAGCAUUUUUGUCAGUUUUAUAGAUGUUCAGUUAACAUCAAAUGAAAAUUUGGAAUUGUUUACAUAAUUUGGAAUGUCAUCAAAUAGAUAAAACAACAUUGAAAAUGCAACUGACUCUUGGCUCAUGAUGUUACAAAAUUCAACUGUUUUUAAAAAUCCAUUUGUGUGCACUUUGACAAAAACAGUAAAAAAAAAAA